UUUUGCUCCUGGAAUCUCGCUUUUGUAGCGUCUAGCGCACAAUGACCUAUAAACGGAAGGGUCUGAAUGCAAGAGUAGCCAAUUUGACACGCGGUCGCCGUCGUUGGCUGGAAAGGAGAGACGCUGUAGCACAAGGGAGGUUAUUAUCAAGUGAAGCCCUCCCCGCCUCACCUGUGAGAGGCAUGACGCAGCAGCCACACCCUGCUUCGACCCUCCUCACACAUCCUCAGCCCCUCGAUGUGUAUGGACCGGCCACGACAGUGCCAUCUACAUCUGGUGUGGCAGUGCCAUCUACAUCUACUGCUGUGGCUGGUGUGGCAGUGCCGUCUACAUCUGGUGUGGCAGUGCCAUCUACAUCUGGUGUGGCAGUGCCAUCUACAUCUGGUGUGGCAGUGCCAUCUACAUCUACUGCUGUGGCUGGUGUGGCAGUACCGUCUACAUCUGGUGGGAUGUGCAUGGAACUUGCACACCUUGCUCAAUGGAUGCCUAUCUGCAAGGGUGCCAUUAUGAACGAAAUCGGUCGAUGACACACUCGACUACAGGUGGCCGAACUUUGAUCUUAUUUUACUCAGGUAAGUAAUUUACAACUUCAAGGUGUUUCUCA